AUGAUCGUCUUCUCAGUGCUUCAUUACAAUAUACCUUUCUCACGCUUCAUUUAUUGCGUCGAUCCUGUCUGUGAGCCGGAUGAUGGCAUGGAUAUCUGCCCCGUCUGCUUUUGCGCUGGGAAAGAGUUCGCCAAACAUAAAGCAGGUCAUGCAUACCGAGUUAUACUCACGCUUGAUCGCUCUUAUCCAAUUUUCUCCACUGAUUGGGGAGCAGAUGAGGAGCUCUUACUUAUCGAGGGGAUAUCUCAGGGUGACCUUGGAAAUUGGUGGAUGAUCGCAGAACACAUUGAUGUCGAAGAACAUUACAACAGCGUAUAUGUUGAUUCCACCGAUUGGCCGAUUCCUCGGGCGGAUAUUGAAUUUAAUAUCGACCAAGAUGAAUUCCAAGCUAGCAAGCGCAGGCGAAUGUCAACCAUGACCACUUCUUUACCUCCACCACACGAGUUAGCCCCAACCUCCGCUCCUGGGGCACACGAGAUUGCCACUUUCCUCCCUGGUAGGCUCGAGUUCGAACACGAGCUCGAUAAUGAAGCGAAGGAUCUUGAAAGAUCUGGAAUUUAUGAAAACGACGCGGAUGUCCGCGCCUGGGCACAGACGCUGGAAGAGCGCAAACUCAGCCAACCACCCGUCAAUGGUGUCAGUGGCAUUGUGAAUUGGAACGGAUACCUUCCGAUGAACAGCGAUUCACGUGUCAAGUCAGAGGAACCAUUUAAGCUGACUUUGAUGGGGAUGCACAAUCAGCGUCUUGACAAGCGACGAGAAGCCAAAGUUAUCAUGUAUGAACGAGGUCUUUUGGAUUACAAGAAGAUGCAAGCCGCCGAAGAGAAGCGUCCGAAGGAAGAAAAGGACAUUACAACUGAGGAUUUUGUUUUCGCAGCUGAUAUUCUUUACGAAUCCAUGCUAAGGAAGAGAAUACAAGAGCUGCAGCAUUAUCAACGAAUGGGACUUACCACCCCAGCCGAUAUCGAUAAGUUUGAAAUUGAUUCCAUUUGCAGGGCUCAAGCGAAAGCAAAUUCAUCUCGCAACUACUAUUCCUCGGAACGCAGCACGAGAGAAUCGGAAGGUCGCAAGAGUCACGAGGAGAAUCAACUCCGAAGCUUGGGAUCCCUGCCGGAACGGGUCCUCGGAUCCGCAGACCACCCGCCCCUCAAUCCUGCCAAUAGCCCAUCCUUGCAUUUGCUUACUUCACCUUACCUUGUCAUCAAGGAGACCCUCGUCUGGGAGUACACUCGUCGUGGAGGCAAGCUUCGCCGCAGGGAAGCGCGGGAUCUCGUCAAGAUUGAUGUGAACAAGACGAGUAGAGUUUAG